AUGGCGUCUGAAAGUUUGGUGAGAAAAGUGCUGCAAUAAUUUGCUCUUACCCAGUCUGCUAUUCACGUGUUUUUGUAAAUUCGUUACUCACAUUUUACGACUGCAUUUCUGAAGUGCGUUUCCAGACAAUACGGGGUUUGGGUUUGUGGCAUUGUGAGUUUUAAGUGCCUCUGUAGACGGAGAAUGGACGUUCUCUGCACAUUUUCAUGGAGCCAUAUUAAUGAGUUUUAGAUUUAAUCAACUGUCAUUUAUAUGAGAUUCUUUCAAAUGAAAUUGCUCCUAGAAGAUCACUUGUUUGAAAAUCAUGGAUCCAGUGGGACCCUGGUAUACCUCAUAUAAUAGGAUAGCAGCACAUGCUGCCGCAGGGGAACACCAUUCCUUAGCAGCUGCAGCUGCAGCAGCCGCCGCUGCUGCAUCCACUACGACUACAGCAGCCUCAGCUCCUGCCACUGUGCUUCCAGGCGGAUUCUUGUCACCACCCGCAGUCGGUUAUGAAACUGUUUUCAGCCCCUUGUUUCAUGGGGCUGUUGCUGCCAGCGGUGCUAAGCCACACUAUGUUGCCCAGGUGACGCCGCAACAUCGUGCCUUAGCCGCGCAAGCUGCAGCCUCCAAACAGGCUAGUGAAAACGCCGAGUUCCAUCCUCAAGCCCAAGUCUUCUUCGAGCAAGGAGCUUCGGCUUGGCAGCAAAACAGCCCGUUCGGAAUCCUACCACACGAGAGCGUGGUGCCCACGUCGGCUGGAAAGACAGUGGCAUAUGAAAGUUUCAAUGCUGCUCAUUUUGCCGCCGCACAGCAGUCUAUUAGCAAUCAUAUAAAUUCGCAAAUAGCAGCCAACUCGAAGGCGGCGACAAGCAAUAGGUCCCAAAGCCCACAGGUGUCCACCGCUACUGUUAAGAGCAAUUCGACUCAACCUAAUGCAACCGCCUUUUUUCAAGUACCAGUUACUCUUCCAGAAAGUGGGAACAGCAAAACGUUCACUUCCACCAACACUUCCAAUCUGCAACAGUCAUGUAUUGUGUCCUCGCCUACCACCACUAAAGAAUACCGGGUGCCUCAGGCUCCCAAUAGAGCGUUUAUCAGCUCGCCGAAUCCUCCAAGUCGCCCGAUAGACAAGUCGUUUACAUCGCCGCCCGCAAAGCAACAGAGCACGCCCCAAAUACAAACGAAGGCACAAACGAAAAUUUACUCAGAGCUUGGAAACCAGCGCGAGCAACAAAGAGGCAAUGAGGAGGGCCAAAGUCAGUCAUCGCCCAUCAGUUUUUCCAUCAUGGAUGCGCCGGGACGGUUGAACUAUGCGGGUAGCAACGCUUCCGGUAAGCGGCCGCCGCAUUUUCAGCACAACUAUCGGCACUAUCAGCCCCAACAGGCGCAAAAUGCCAAUUCUGAAGACUUUCAAAGACCCAAAAGUGGCCCUGAAUAUCAAAACAGUUCCAAUGGUUCAGACUGCAAUGUCGUGGUGCCACGGAGACCAAGUCCUCUGCAAGCACAUUCGCAGGCAUCACCGUUAGGGCAUGCUCAGAGUCCUGUUUACCCCAUGUAUAAUAGUCCUAUGAACUCCAUCUCUUCCCCGCAGCAAAAUUCGAAUAGUCAACAGGUUGCCCCCCCUUCGCCAUUAGAUGUUUCAGUGCCUCGUCCGAAUUCGCAGACCGGCGGUAACGUUGCUUACCCGUCGGUAAUCACCAGAGCUUUAAAUACCGACAAGGCCUUUCCUGAGCGCUACGAGCAUCCGAAUCAAACCAACCAGCCGAAUCAGGCUUGUUGGGAUGAUCGUCAGCAGCAGCGCAAGUUUCAGCCAGGACAGUCAAAUACUCAAUCAAACUACAAUAAUUCUAAUGCUAGUAUAGAGAUAGGCGCUAGGCAGCCUGAUGGUCAACGACAGCAGUACUUCGACUCUAAUAGUGGUCAUCAGGUGACGCUGCAAGACUUGUCCAGUUGCCGAGGGGACCCGAUGACAAUAGUCAAGACUUUGCAGCAGCAACAGCAGACGUGUCAAGUUGCCCAGGUGGAAAUAAAACAGGAAGUGCCUAAACCGCCUAAAAGGAGGAAGAGCAUCGAAAAACCAGCCGCGCCAAUUCCUGCACCUCCUGAAGUUCAUUCAUCCAAUCGUGUCCCUCCGCCAGCUCACACUUCGGGAGGCAACCAGCAGCAGCAAAACGGGGUCUACUUCGAGUUUGACCGCUGGAAUAUUCCACCACCAAACUCAAAGAUUUUCAGCACCCAAGCAGCUGCGCUACAUCAGCAACACCAGGGCUUGAUGGUGCCUCAUCCACAUGGUCAUCAUCCACCUCCGCCACUUCCUUAUUUUGCGCCGUUCCACCUGGCCAAUCAUCCUAGCGAGUUUCCUUCCACUGUUGAGCUCACUCCAUUGAGCAAUUAUAAUGAUCAAGCGGCGCAACAACACGCUGUUCAGCAGCAGCAGCAGCAGCAACAACAACAACAACAACAGCAGCAGCAGCAGCAACAGCCGCCGCCUCAGCAAUACCAGCAGCCAGACGAUCAGCCCAAAGUAGUCGUGCCUAAUAUAGAAGAGGAGUUGAAUUUUUUAUCGGGUGAUACAACGCCACAGUCUCCGGCACUGAACCACCACUCCAACCUGCAUCAUAAGCCCAUAAUGUCUUUGGCGACAAAACCAUCCGACAAGAUAUCUGGUCCUGGAGCGGGAUUUAUGAGCAGCUACCUGAAGUUUCUUCAAGGAGAGCGCGACACAUCACCGCCUCCAGUAAUGCGAGGCGGCCCAAGUAGGAAGCAAUCAAAUAACACGUGGACUAGGCGGCCUACGGAGGACGUGAAACCUCCGCCCCAGCCGGGAGGCGGGGCCGUUCCCCCUGAAACUAAUGGGGUGGUAGCAGGAGGCGCAGUGCUUCCUAAUCUGACUGGACCCCCACCGGGAGUAACGCGAUUGAAUACUGGUGGAGAUCCCCAAGACGAUCCUAGGUACUUCCCAUUGCCCAAAGAAAGGAAGAAGGAUUCGUUUGACAGUUCCGAAGAUGGAUUCAGUUCGGAAGAUGAGUUUUUCGGCCCUCGGAAGCAGAUUGGCUUAAAACUAGUAGAACCAUUGAGAGACAGGGAUUAUAAGGAUAAGGCCGAGCGAAGGCAGCGCGGUGGAAGACCAUGUAAGCCUGGCGGUCCUACGGAGCGAAAAAGGCAAAGGAUGCUAGACAAAAUUAAGGAACCAAAAGAACGCAAAAGGGACAAGGAUAAAAUCAAAGCCAAAGAGGAUGUUCCGAAGAGAGAGCAAACUAAGCGAGCUGUAAAAGGCAAAAUGAGUUUAACGGACAUUAUCAAGGACGGAGAUGAGCCAGAGGAGCCGCCAGAGUUCCAAGACUCUGAGGAUUCUGAUCCUGCUUGGACUCCGGCCGCCUCCGUGGACGAUGAAGACAUGCUUCCAAUGAAGAAAAAGAGUAGAGGCCGACCAGGUGGUACUAAGAACAAAAAGCCUCGAAACUUGAUCGCUGCGGCUGCUCAAGGCGCGGGAAUUAACGAUUCUGAUGGUUUGGGUGUUUACCCAGAACAUCCGAUGCCCAAAAAAACAAAAACUAGCCAUAAGGCCAAGCCGGUUCCUACAUUGGAGGAUAAUAUUGUCGCUUCCAUGCAAAAUAGUUUUUCGGCUGUUAACGAUGACAAUCCAUUUAAGACUGGUGAAUUUGUCGCAAUACGAGGCGAAGUGUGCAACGAUUGGCCGGCUAUUUGGCGAGUUGAUGGCAAGACGCUUUUGCAGAAAUACGAACCGUUCGAGCACGAAGGUACCACACUCUAUAGGAAUAUUUCGACGUAUACUUCAUGGACAGCGGAGAGUAAGAAACAAUACAUUUCAGUGCCGGUGAAAUACAAGUCGCAAAGUCAAUUAGAGACAGUAGUCGAAUUUUUAAAGGACGAAAUGACAAUUCUUGAUCCUAAAAUACAGGAACAGUGUAUGAAACAGUGCGAGAGUUAUCAGGACAAUUUCGAAGUGUACAUUCAGACUCUUAUAUCGCAAGCCUUAGACAGCAACUUUCUGAUGGAGAUCUUCCAAGAGAAGGACGAAUACUUCUUGUCCAACGUUCAGACUAUUGACGAUAUCACAGAACGAAAGAAGCAAAAAUUGCUUCAGUUGGUGCAGUGGCCGGCCAGUCUUCAAGGGGCGGUUUGUACGUGGCCUUGUUUCAAUGUUCUUCGCGAAAUCGGACCAGGCGACGCUCAAACCAGAACGUGCGCUGCCUGCGGACGGCAUAACGUCGCUGUUAGAGUGAUUAUGUAUGGACAGCCAUAUAACGCUACCACUUUAGAGGGCUGUCAGCCCGAUCCGAAUGCCAUAAAUGACAAGGACUUUUUCAUGUGUAGAAUAUGUGUGAACAGAGUAGAACUGGCGAGUAAAGUAAUUCAUCAGAAAUACCUAAUGUACAUAGAGUGCGCGAAGCGUGUGAGUGAGAAAAGAACGUCAGACCCAACAAAAGAUACCACUUGUAUAUUAAAUGAAUUGCUGGCGGAUGAAAAUUGGCUUAAUCAGUUAUUCCUGGAAGUCCGCACAUUCUGGUCGGAGAUAGAAUGCUGCCGUCAGAUAAAAAAAUAUCAAACCAUGUAUUGCGCCACUAUUUUAACAGUUAUUAUAUUGUUUGUUCACAACGUGAGCCCUGGAUCGGGCCGAGCCCCAGAAUAUCCAGAAAUCCUUCAGGGCAAUUGCAGCGAAGCAAAAGAUUCGGAGAUGGUCUAUCACGAGAUUGUGGAUAAGGGCGAGAUCCCUUUGAUGUCCAGAAACGAGACCUCCACUUGGUAUGGCGAUGAAAAAUUGUACUGUAUCAAAGUGAUCAACGAAUACAACAAGCAGUAUGGAAAGGGAGGCGGCACGGUGUUUAUAAAACACGGCGGGCUCGGCCACUACUUUGUCAUCCUCGAAAUGCACACUCAAAAGGGCGGCGCCAUGAAAUUUCUGGUAUUUUUAUAUGGAAAGAAGACUAAAUAAAGAUUUUUAUUUACUUU